GACCACCUACUCUCAGCGCCCGGCGCCCGGCGCCCUCGCGCCAUGGAUCCCGGGUGUUGGGUGGUCGGCGGCGAGUUCGAGGACUCGGUGUUCGAGGAGAGGGCCGAGCGGCGGCCUGGGUCGCCCGCGCCCUACGUCGCCAAGCGCUGCGAGCCGCAGUGGUUUCAUGAAGAAACAGAGAAUGGUGAUGAUGUUGAAGUGCUGACUCUCAAGAAGUUCCGCGGGGACCUGGCGUACCGACGGCAGGACUAUCAGAAAGCACUUGAGGAAUAUUCCAGUAUCUCUGAGAAAUUGUCGUCUACCAAUUUUGCUGUGAAGAGGGACGUGCAUGAGGGCCAGGCCCGGUGUCUGGCCCGCUUGGGAAGGCAUAGGGAAGCGCUGGAGAUCGCCACAAACCUGGAAAAUAAAGCAACUAACACAGACCACUUAACCACGGUGCUCUACCUCCAAUUUGCUAUUUGUUCAAGUUUACAGAACUUGGAGAAAACAAUGUUUUGCCUACAGAAACUGAUUUCUUUGCAUCCUUUUAAUCCUUGGAGCUGGGGCAAACUGGCCGAGAGUUACCUGAAUCUGGAGCCAGCAUUUUCUGCAUCGUUUCCGUCAUCUCAGACACAGAGCCGUUUCACUUUACGGGAUGUAACUGUCACGCCCUCCUUCACACACUCAGGAAAGGACCGCUUUUCUUGUUUUCCUGAGCCUGGGCCUGAGAGUCCAGUGUUUCCCAGCAAAGCGAGUGGCAGUGGGAGCCAGCAAGCUGAGAUUGCUCCCACAAACUCUCCAGCCCGAACAGCGGGCAGGGGAGCAGCCGGGUGCGCAGGCGCUCAGGUGAAAGCCUGCGCCUCUUUCAUCCGAGCCAGGCUCUUGCUCCAGUUCACGCAGUCCCAGCAGCUCUCCUUCGCCCUGGAGCGGAACCUGAGGGCCCAGCAGGAGAUUGAAGAGCAGAUACAAGGAUUGGGCCUGGGGGAGGGCGCCCUGCAGUGCAUCGCCGAGGUUAUGGGAGAAGAUAUUGUCCCAGAAAAAAUAAGAGAUGAACUGCAGUCGGAGGUCAGGUGCGUUGGUCCCGCGGCCCUGGCGGCCUUGGUGCCGGCGUCCGUGAAAGAAUUUGAAGACAAGUGGUUUGGGAAGCUGGAGGACCGGCUCUGCGCUCUGGAAGAUGAGUUCCACACACAGACACCCAUCCUGGCCUAGCAGCCAAACCAUCUGCCAUUGGGAUCCGUGUCCUUGUUUCCUUCGGACAGAAUCCAUUGCUUAAUCAUGGAAAACAGUGAAUUCAAGUUGUUUUAUUUUUUUUUA